UGUUGGUGCUUGCGCGGGGAGAUUGCGGUCGCGGUAGUGGCGGCCCUGGGGGAUCCACGAAAGUUGGUUUUACGUUUUCCCGCGGGGUUAGGGAGCGCGACUGGCAGUCUCACAGGGAGAACACAAGGCUCCCGCUCCGGACGUCAGGGUCAGGUGCGCGGGAGACCGGGCUUGGGCCCCGGGCAUCGGCAGUCUGAAGCUCCGAACGCGCCUUCCCCGUCAGGAAGCAGGGUCGCUGCCUUCUAAGUGCCUCGCUCCAGGUAAAACAACGCCUCGCGCGGGGAGCCUCUGUCGAAGCGGUAGACAGCCCCACCUGAGGAAACCCCGUUUUAACUGAACCCCUCCUGAGGCUGGAGUAACUCCCACCCUCACCUGGCACCUUUCUGCCGGCCUCGACCCUAACUCCGACGUUGUCUUCCAACAGAAGAUGACUCAACACGCACCUCUGCUUGCGGUGCAGGAGGCCCUGAAGAAGUGCUUUCCCGUGGUGCAGGAGCAGCAGAGCUUGUGGCAGAGCACGCUGAAGGACUGCGGCCCCCUCCUGGGCUCCCUCAGCAACCUGGCCGAACAGCUGCAGGCCGCGCAGGCCCUGCGAUGGGAGGACGUGCCGGCCCUCAGGGCCUUCCCAGACUUACGUGAGCGACUGACCCGCAAGCAGCUGGCCGCUGGUGAUGCUGUCUUGGACCAGUUAGGGGAGAAGCUAGCUGUUCUCCUCAAGGUGCGAGACACAGUCAGCAGCCAUGUGGAACGAGUCCUUCAGGUCUAUCAGCAGCAUGCGGACUCAAUCGACAUUAGUGACAUCCUGAAGGCGUCAUACAUGAGCCCUUCUGUGGCGGACAUGCUGGAAUGGCUGCGAGACAUCGAGAGACAUUAUCGAAAUUCGUACCUGAAGAGGAAGCACCUCCUGUCCUCGGUCCAGUGGGGAGAUGUGGCAAACAUUCAAGGUUUGCCCAGUGCCUGGGACCGAAUUUCAGAAGAUGGAAAUCAAGACCUUGUACAUGAUAUGCUGUUGAGUGUUACCUUCUUCCUGGAAGAGUAAGGAUGCUGUGUGUUUAUCUGGGGAACAAAACUGGAGACCCACAUUGCUGCUCUCUGAUACUUUCAAAGCAGUUCCUAAAGAAAUGCCAGUAUUACAAGCUGACAUAUUUAAAUGUCGAUGUCUGCAGGCUAAGGAUUGGCUUUUGGGAAGGUUGGUGGUAGAUGUUGGUGCUUUGUUCCAGGUCACGGCCAAGAAUAUGUGGGUCACCCUUUGUCCUUCCCUGAGACUUAGGAGAGGUUGGAGACAGAAGUCUGGAAAGGCAAUGCUGAAGAAUACCAGGGGCAGAAGCAACAGUCACAGAAGCGGUUGGAAGGAAAGCACAGGUGAAGAGGGCACUGAGCCUGAUUGAUACCAGGCCCUGGUUUUGUGUAUUUGUGCCAGUGUCGAAUUCCUUGACAAAAGAGAAAGUGACUCUGAUCAUGUAAAGACUUACGGGUGAUGAUUGUUGACACAAAACAGAAACUGUUUUCGAUCACAGCAACUCCUUACAGAGACAGUGCCCGUCUCCAGAGCCCACCGCCAGGGGGAGGCGGUGCGGCGCGAGUGAUUCUCAGAGCUUGGCUUUGACUGCUGUCCGCAGUUGCGCUUGUCACUGGAGAGUAAGUAAUUGGCGAUCUAGGGACUGCUGUCGAGACAUGGUCUUAGGGACAAAGCUGGCGACUGACUUGCCACAUUCCUUUGACCGUGGAGCAGCUGCCCGGGUGGGAGGACGCCAGCCCACUGCCAUCACCCGAGAAAUGGCCUGCUCCUUCCAGACCUGUCAGCUGCCUUGGCGCUUGUAAAAUCUCAUGUGCUGCAUGGAGAAAGUAUAGAUUUUUUCAAAAAGAAAAUGACCUUUUUCCUGACUGCAAAAGAGAUCCUUUUUUCUUUAAUCAUAGCAGUUGUAGAAAGGAAGCUAAAAUGUGGGAAAGUAUGACACAAAUUCUGUUAGAGUGAGCUUGGUAUGUGUCCAUAUGCCCAAGUCUUUGAACAAAGGGAGUGCGAUAUUACUGAAAUACUCUCAACACAAUUAUAUGCCACUUAGGCACAUUUAUGUACCAUUUGGUGAAUGUAUUAUGUCUUCCAUUUUCCAUGUAUUUUUCUAAAUCCUCAUGUUCUUUCUACCUAUAAAGAUAAUAC